AUGAGACCAAAUGAUACCGGCUUCAUGGGGCCGUCAGCUUCUUCGGCGAGGCAAUGCCCCAUCUGCGACAAGGAGUUCGGUCUAGAAACCGCCUACAAGCGCCAUGUGUCAUAUUGUCGGCGUGCCCAGGCCAAGCGCAAAGGCCGGCCGGUCUCAUGCGCUGCUUGCAGUGCUUCAAAAAUAAAAUGCUCCUUCACGAAGCCCAGAUGCGCGCGAUGCGAGUCCAGGGGCAUUGAGUGCGUCUACAAUGAGGCGGCGCGCAAAAUUGCCCCUGGCCGCGCCCAGCAGCAGCUCACCACCGCUCUGCCUGCCGAGGAGGAGGAUCCUCAGACGUCUUCGCCGGACCCAGCUAACAGCUUGGUCCUGGCCUCGGGAAUCGCCUCGGAAAGUCCAGAUAUAACUAUCUUUGAUGCCGACAACAGUGUUCUAGAUCUGGCCGACGUCGAUCUGGAACUGGCAGGCCUGCAGCUCGACCUUCAAAAACCCGACGUGGGCGAGUGGUUCAACCUUGCCAUGUCACACAACAUGAGUCCAACCGUCCAGCACGUUCUGUCUGGUCCUCAAAACCAGCUUGGGCCUCUGCGAUACAGCCUGCAUCAAGUGUGCCACACCGUCGAGCUCGCGUUCGACAUCAUGUCCUGUUUUCCGCAGAUGAUGCUCCGCAACCAGACGCUUCCACCGUUCAUGCACAUCCCAUCAUACAGUGCUUUCAUGCCUGAAAGAAUCUCAACAUGUCGAGGGAUUGCACAGGUUUUUGAGACUCGGACCGACGAGACUGCCUCCUUCCUCUGGCGUACCGUUGAUGCUGAAGUUACCCGCAUCGAGUCUGAGCUGAGCAGGAUGGACAUAUAUUCAGUCCAGCAUGCUAUACAGUGCGUUCUCAUCUAUUCCGUGAUGCUCAAAAUCGACUAUGAGCCAGCGAUGGUCAGUCGUGGAUUACGUCUGGUCCAGACAUACUGGAAUCUCACGGUGCGAUGCCUUGAGCUCACUAGCCAACUAGAGUUUUUCUCCACGGAGAAGACGAAUCCAAGCCCGACCUGGGAGGACUGGAUCGUUGCCGAGACCCGACGCCGAAUCAUUGCCUUUUGGUUCAUCAUGCGCCAGGUCAUGGCCUCGCGACUACAAGUGGCAUGCGGCAUUCACGAACACUUUGAUCACCUGCCCCUCAUCUCACCCAAGUCCUUGUGGGAAGCGCGGACACGGGAGGAAUGGGAAAUUGAGAGGGCCUUCCAUGCCAAAGGUAAUCCCAUCUCGACAUAUGGUGAACUAGCCCGAGCCAAGCUGGCGCCAGACAAUCCUGCCAACCGGCAACGCCUCAAGUAUUGGGAAGCCGGUACUGACAAACUCGGCACACUCGUCAAUCUGUCCAUCACACUACUGUAA